UAGAGCACCGUUCGAACAGCUAGGCGGUACCUUGGGGGUGUACUUCUUAAAAUUAUCUAAAAAUCACUUGACCUUCAGACAGGUUCUCACCACAGAUCGUUUUGUUUUUCAAGUUCGAAUUGUGCCAUUAUCUGCACUUUUUAUAGAUCUGGACCUGGAUUUUCAAAUAAUUUCUUUAUAAAAAAUUAGAAAAAAUAUCCAAAUUUCUAGUAUAAAAUUGAGCAAAUGGCGGGACAUUUAAAACCGAAUGACUUAAAAUAAGGGUUAUUGGGGGAUAUUAGGAAGGAUAUCAGUGGAUUUGGAGUUAUAUCGAGGGAUAAAAGUGGACUUUAGCGAUUAAGGGGGAUAUCGAAAAAUUUAUAGGAAUUAAAAAGGAUAUCGACGAUUGGGGAAUUAGUAGGGAUGUCAGGGUAUUUGGGAAUUAAAAGCGAUAUUGGGAGGUUUGUGGGGAUAAAAUUGGAUUUUGUGGUGUUUGAAGGGUAUAAAAGAAAUAUCAAUUGAUUUUUUGGAGUGUAGGUUUAAUGGGAUUUAGGGAACCUUGGGGUGAUUUUUGGAUUAGAGGUUAUCUCUUGAUCACUCUUAAUCAAAAUCACCUAAUAUGACUCAACCUUCAUUAUUCCCUCAAAUUCUUUUAUCCAACCUUAACUCAAUGAUAUCUUUUAAAUCCACAUUGAUAAAUCAGUACCCAUUUUAUCAUCAAUAUCAAUCAAUUUAUAUCCCUCAAAUCCACUUUUACUACACCAAUUUAUUUCCUCAAUACUCGACAAAUUUUAGUAAUAAAAUAGUAAAUAAAAUAAUUCAAUGA